AUGAUGAACGAGACGAUCGAGGAGCAUCAUGCGUGUGAGGCUGAAGAACAUCACGACGACGAGGCAUUGCAUGAUGAGGUCAAUAUCAACGCUGUUACCAGCUUAACCUUCUAUAUCAUGGUUUUAAUAUCAGGAAUACCGGGUAAUGCCAUCAUCCUGCAGACUUACGCAUGGAAGAAACGGAAGAGCAGCACGGAUGUCCUCAUCAUGGCCCAAGGCACGGUCGACUUCAUCGCUUGCUCAUUCACGCCAGCAUGCAUCGUCGAGAGCGGCGCUCCAGACCUGAUUACCACCACUUUGUGUCAAAUGAAGUUCUCAGUAGAAGAGGUUACAGCUCUUACCUCGCUUUUCUUAACCACACUGAUCAGUGUCGAGCGUUAUUUGGCAGUAUGUCAUCCAUUGCGACGUCGAGUGACAGUACGAAGGUGGACUGGGGUGGUGAUUGUUUUUGUUGCUCUCGCAACAGCAUUUAGUAUUCGAUUUGCGAUGUUUUCUGAAGUAUGUUCUUUACAUGAGACCACGGUGUGUCAACAGCCGACAUCACUGGGCUAUUCCUUAUCAAAGACUGCGUUUUUUCUUGUAUCGUUUACGACGACCACCAUCCUUUACGCCCUCAUCUACGCUUUCCUGCGAAAGAGAGCAAAGAUCCACGCCGACCUUGUAAGCGGUCAAUUCCCACAAGCGACAGUCGGUCCGGAUUCGAGUAGAGCACUAGAAUCGAUGGUAAACCGCACAGUAACAGCUUUCGAAGAGACGUGA